AUGUCGCUAUUAACGAUUCCAAAUUCUAAGUCUUCGUCAUCACGUGCUUCCUCAUCCAGAGAGUCUUCAGGUGAUCUGGGCGACUUCGCACCUCUUUGGUCUUACUUAGGGAAUGACAAUCAAUAUAUUGAUAAUAGUUUGGGAGAUUUCGGGAGGUUAUGGAGAUUUUUACAAGGGGAAAAAGAGAAAUGGUGUAAUUCUGGUUCGACAUCUAUUGAGGACAUUGACGGUUUUUUGACCUCAAGUGGUCAACCAUGCGAAGUAAAACAACCUCCAGUAUUACCUCACUCUUCUUCUUCUGAAUAUUCUUCUGAAGAAGAGAUCUUAAUCGCUAAGCAUAAAGCGAAUAAAGCGAUCAAAGUGGUACAGCCAUCAAAAAAGAAAGUUGAAGGUGUCGUGGUCGUUACCGUAAAUAAAGGUAACGAAAAGGUGACGAAUAAGAAGAAUAAGAAAGGUAAAAAACCAUUUGAAUAUAAAUCAAAUAAAGACGGCCUAAAAACGAUUAUAAAUGAUGGCAACAAAAGAGUGCAUUUCGAUAAUGUAAAUUCAUCAAAUAAUCAAAAGCAGCCAGAACCAGCUUUGCUUCAGAAAGCGAAUGAUAGAUUCAAUUCAAAAAUGACCGUCAAAUUUAGUGUACCGAUUCCAAUUAAGAUAUCAGAUGAUCCUAUCCAUGUUUUUGUUGAUAAUUCCAACAUUCUCGUUGGAUACUUGGCAUACU